AUGGACAAAUACACGUCAAAUACCAAGCCGAAGUCAGCUAAGAGUAAGGAGCUGCCAAAGGGUCAACCUAAGACUUCUCCCCUGACUGCCAACUUGACAGAAGACUCAAGCACGUUUCCAUCGAUGAGAAACGCAUCAAACCUUGUCGAGGCAAACCCAGACACCUGGUCCACGGUCCAGUCCCCGAUGAUGGCCCGGUUCCUAUCCGACCGGGAGGCGCCGUUCACCGGCCUCACAAGAACCGCACCUUGGGAGCAUCAGUUCGAGCUUCCAGCUGGAAGUAGAACCAUGACUGUGCAAGCCACGCAAGGCUCAGCAAGCGAGGCGGAUCACGCCAACUAUGAAGACUACACGAACAGAGAGACGGACAAGAAGGAGAAGAAAGGGAAACCGAGCAAGGUUGACAAGGUGGACAAGGUGGACAAGAAGCUUAGAAAGAUGUACGCGAUCAGAGCCUGA